GUUGGCAGAAAGCAAUUGCACAAUUUUCUCCAUGUGUUCCAGUCGUCGUCCGUGAUGCCCGGUUGGCACUUGGCAGGAAGCAAUUGCACAAUUUUCUCCAUGUGGUCCAGUCGUGGUUGGGUGAUACAGCAUUACAACUCUUCCUAAAAGGAAGGCAGACAGACAGGAGGAGGAGAUAUCACUGACAAAUCCUUACUCCAAAAUAUGCUGCAGUGGCGUCUUCUUCGUCUCUCUUUGAUUACCAUGUGUUUCUUGUGCCCACUGACAUCUGCUCAUCUGGAUCGCCAAGAAUUGGUUGCUCUGGCUAAAAUCGUAAGAACAAUGGGCGCCACCUUAAACUCAAGCGUUGAUCCUUGCGAAUCCAAAACCCUCGUCAUCUCUGAUUCCAAACCAGGCCUGGACCAGAACAAAGUUGUGUGCAAUUGCCACCCCAAUCCCUCAACUUGUCACAUCACAAUCCUAGUCCUCAGAAUGUACAGUCUUCCUGGAACGCUUCCACCGCAAUUGGUUGAUCUUCCUUAUCUCGAGGAACUUGACCUUACUCGAAACUACCUUGAAGGUACGCUUCCAAAAGAAUGGGCUACAAUGAAGUUUCUGCGUUCUAUUUCACUUGCAGCGAAUCGCAUAACAGGGGAAAUCCCUAGGGAAUGGGGGAGUUUUACAAAUCUCACUAGCUUGAGCCUUGAAGCUAACCGGUUGUCUGGAAAUAUUCCUGCGGAGCUUGGGAAUUUGGUCAACUUAACAGUGCUAAUACUUUCAUCCAAUAAGUUUGUUGGAAACUUGCCAGAAAAACUUGCUGCGAUGAAAAACUUGACUGAUUUUAGGAUAAGUGGUAACAACUUUAGUGGAAGCAUACCUCAAUUCAUUGGCAACUGGACUCGACUCAAAAGGCUAGAACUAUAUGCGACUGGACUGGAAGGACCCAUCCCCAAUGGCAUUUUUCAUUUGGAAGCUUUGAAUGACCUGAGGAUCACUGAUAUGAAUGGGGCAAACUUUUUUCCUGAAUAUCUGCCUCACAAGGACUACAUGAAAAACUUGGUUUUGAGAAAUGUGAACAUGUCUGGAAGUAUUCCACCUAUUAUUUGGGAAAUGAAGAAACUGAGUGUGCUUGAUGUCAGCUUGAACAGAUUGAAAGGGAAUUUCCCAAGCAUUCCACAUGUACCAGAAUUCACCUUUUUGGGUGGCAACAUGCUAUCUGGAACUGUACCGGACUCAAUCUUAGAUGAAGAUAAAUAUAUUGAUCUUUCUUAUAAUAAUGUUACUUGGCCAUGUCAAAAGAAUACUGUAAACAUAAAUUUCUAUGGGUGCUCGUCUCAGACUGCCUCAAGUGGAAUUCAUCAAUGCCCAAGUAAACCUAACUGUAAAAAUAAGUAUCACUCAUUCCAUAUAAACUGUGGGGGAGAAAAUGUAACCAUUACGGAUAAUUCUGGGAAAUUCUCCUAUGACGGAGAUGAUUAUGUAGGAAGUGCAUCAACAAAUUAUGUCAGUGGCUCAAAUUGGGGAUAUAGCAGCACAGGCGUCUACAUGGAUAAUGAUAAGAAAGCUCCCAUGUUUACCAUAUCUAACUCCUCUAAGCUUUCAAUGGAUUGCUCAGAGUUAUAUAUGACGGCACGUAGAGCUCCCACCUCCCUCAUCUAUUAUGGAUUUUGUCUAGAAAAUGGGGAAUACACUGUGAGACUCCACUUUGCAGAGAUAGAAAUUACAGAUAAUGAAGCGUAUCGUAGUCUUGGACAGCGCAUAUUUGACAUUUAUAUUCAGGGGAAGUUAGAAUGGAAGGAUUUCAAUAUCAUGGAAGAAGCAAACGGAACUGGUAAACCAGUCACAAAACAAAUUAAUGUUGCUGUGACUGAUAAUAUGCUAGAGAUCCGCUUGUAUUGGGCAGGGAAAGGGACUACAUCCAUUCCUAAGAAAGGAACAUAUGGUCCUCUUAUAUCUGCUAUUUCUGCAUGUCACAGUUCUGUACCUUGUGCAGAAAGUCCCCUCUUGGUGAGCACAAAAGCGAGCAAGAAGAGAAAAUUUUCCGUCAUUGUUGGAGCUGUCACUUCACUGUUAUGCCUGAUUUUAUUUGUUCUGGGUGUCCUUUGUUGGCGACACUAUUUGGGUGACAAAAACACAAGGGAAAGAGAACUUAGAGGGCUGGAUCUGCAAAUAGGUUCCUUUACUUUGAGACAAAUAAAAGCUGCGACGAACAACUUUGAUUCUGCAAACAAGAUUGGAGAAGGUGGUUUUGGAUCUGUAUUCAAGGGUCAACUAUCAGAUGGCACUCUUAUUGCAGUGAAGCAGCUCUCUUCUAAGUCAAGGCAAGGGUACCGUGAAUUUGUGAAUGAGAUUGGCUUGAUUUCUGCUUUGCAACACCCAAAUCUUGUGAAGCUUUAUGGAUGCUGUACUGAAGGAAACCAAUUACUGCUGGUGUAUGAGUACAUGGAAAAUAAUUCUCUUGCUUAUGCUCUUUUUGACAAAAAUGAUGCAAAAACAAGUGCUUUAAAACUGGACUGGGCAACAAGACAAAAGAUAUGUGUUGGGAUAGCCAGAGGCAUAGCAUUUCUCCAGGAAGAAUCAACUCUCAAGAUUGUUCACAGGGAUAUCAAAGCUACAAAUGUACUGCUUGAUGAGGAUCUAAAUGCUAAGAUAUCAGACUUUGGAUUAGCUAGGCUUAAUGGAGAGGAGAGCACCCACAUUAGCACUCGAGUUGCUGGAACCAUAGGAUACAUGGCUCCUGAAUAUGCACUCUGGGGAUAUCUGACAAAUAAGGCAGACAUUUACAGCUUUGGGGUGGUUGCUUUAGAAAUUGUCAGUGGGAAGAACAACACAAGUUACAAGCCAGAAAACGAAUGUGUUUGUCUUCUUGAUUUGGCCUUUGUUUUGCAACAAAGAGGUAGCUUAAUGGAGAUAGUAGAUCCAAAGUUAGGGUCUGAAUUCAACCAGGAUGAGGCUGAAAGGAUGAUUAAAGUAGCUCUCUUGUGCACCAAUGCAUCUCCUACACUAAGGCCUACUAUGUCAGCAGUGGUAAGCAUGCUUGAAGGACAAACUGUUGUUCAGGAUGUGAUUUCAGAUCCUGGCAUCUACAAUGAUGAUUUAAGAUUUAGACCCCUCAGAGACCAACAGCAACAGAUGCAAAAUCAGAGUUUAAGUAGAAGCCAGCCUCCUAAUCUGCCAUCAGAUGGAAUAUAGAUUGGUGGUUCUUCCUCCAGAGUUGAGGCUUGAAGUUUCUGCCAUGCAUGUGAUACAAUUGAGGUUUGGAUUUUCAAUGGCUUGGACUUAAGUAUUGCUCAAUAUUUCCUUUGUCUGUUGGGAAUUCAUCAUGUACAAGAAGCAAUAUUUUUCGAACUUUCAUACUAAAUUAUUUUUUAAGUUAUAAGUUCUUUGACGAAAAUUAGUUAAAUAAUUAUGUAACCACAACUUCUUGG